ACCACCUCUCCACAUCCCGCUGCUCUCCUCUUCUUUUACGCACCGCAUGGAGACAACCGCGCGCCGGACCCGUGAAAAGAGCGGCGCGCCUUAUGGAUUGAAGACGAUCUGACUCAUCCCGUUCUCAUACACUUCAUACGACCCCCCCCCCCCCCCCCCUGUUUAAUAAGCCAGUCACCCAUCACCAUCACCAUGAGCGCUGAGUGCAGCAGCUACCACGGCACCGACGGCUCGUUGAUGGAUGCGUUUUCCUGCCCCAAGCCCGGGAGCGCUGCGUCCGCUGUUUACUGCUGUGGAUUCAACGAUGUCAAAUACUGCUGCGACGAUCCCAACAGCUUUUUCCCCUACGACUACAGUUACAUGUGGUGGCUGAGCAUCGGCGCUCUGGUCGGUCUGUCCAUUGCGGCGGUCGUCCUUCUCGCCUUCCUCAUCACGGUUUGUGUCCUUUGCUAUCUUUUUAUCGCCUCCAAACCACGUCGUCUUGACAACGGACUCCCCCUGAGAGUGCCAGACGAAGAUCCCAACGAGAACUCUAAUCAUUUGAGACUGCACAGAGCAACGGGCCCACAAGGGUUUAGGAAACAUUACUGCGAUAACCAGCCCACAGAUCCUGAGAGACUGUUCCAGAGAUGCUUCAUGGCCACGGUGACCAGCGUGAAGGUGGAAAGUCCUUCGUAGACCGUUGAGACGGAGCACGGAGUGUGUGGAAGACGAACCAGCUGAAAGUCUGACAGUCGGGGGACCUGGUGAACCCGGAGGAAGUUGUGUUUUUGGACCACGCCAGGCCAGGGCUACGACCCCUCGCAGGAGCUGAUAUUAACAGAGCAAAAAAAACCAAAACAAAACCAUACAAAACCACCACUGCUUUUUCCCGCUGUGGAACACACACUGCCACACGGAGAUGUGUGUUCUGAAAUCUUUUUCGCUUUGUAGAUAUCUUCUGGGACUUUCCCCUCUUCGGCUCUGCGACUACCCUCGCGCUUGUGGCUGCCGGCGUUAAACGGAUUCAAUUUCGCAGUAUUUUGUUUGGAUGAAAAAUGCUGUAACUGACUGCUUUGCAUCGCCGCCGCCUCCACCGCCGCUUAUUCACAAGAUUCAAGAUUCAUUCUUAUACACUGUUAGAAUGCAGGCCCCUCCAACGUUUUAUUGAAAAUCCUCUUUUGUUUACGACCCCCAUGAAGAGCCAACAACAAACAACAACACAACAACAGUGAACCAGUAAAGGCAGCAGACAAAACACAAAAGUGACAGAAAUGAAAUGGAAUCCAAAGUAAAAAAGUAAGUUGGCGAGAGACACGAGUUUGAUGUAAAUAGGAAGCUCCAGCUCCGUGGUGAAGUGUCGGCCGGGGGGGGGCUUUUCAAGAGACUAAUCGCUGAAAGAUGAAAGCCGUAUCGGCGGAGUACUUUGGGUACACGCAGAGCCGUAAUCUGUGGAGAGACGGCACACAUUAAAAGGGCAGACUACUUCAAGUGCUUGCGAGGAUGAUGUGGAGGUCGAGGAAAACAGCGUCAGCAGAGAACACAACAACAACAACAACAACAACAAAAACCCCAGUGCAGGGUUUGUGGUCGUUGUUGUCAUUGCAACUUUUUUUUACUCAGGGACCGAGAGCAACGGUGACGUCUCGAUGUGAUUCAGUUAAAAAAAAACAAAUACGUAGCUAACUGUUAUCUCCAAUAGGAAUAAUCACAGAUGCAGGGAGAACGACGUGUAUUGUGCAGCAAACGGACUAACCAAAAACAGACCCGACGACAGCCUUGCAUACUCUCUCUCUCUCUCUCUCUAUAUAUAUAUUUUUCCUUUUUUUUUUUUUUUUAUAUAACCACUGACCCUGAAGCUCGGCUCUAAA